AUGAAGAAGAAGACCAUUACUAUCUCCGAUGACAGUGUGACCAUGGAUUCCUCCCUCUGGAGCCGCCUUCCACCGGACAUGCUCACCCACUUACUCUCUCCUACCCACCAAGUCUCUCUGCCGAUUCAGGUCCGUGUCUCCCUCCUGGAACUCCCUAAUCUCUUCCCCCAUUUCGCCAAAACCUACCUUCACCUAACCAACACUACCAACAAACCCCAAAAAACCCUUCUCAGUUCCACCUCUCAGGCUCUCUACUCCGUCAAUCUCGCCGCCGCGAAUCCCACCGCGGAGGACCUUGAUUUUCCUUCCAUCAAGUGGUCCAAGGUUUGGGAUCUUGCAAUGGUUUGGUUUGACGGGUUCCACAUUUUCCGAUGUGGGUUAGGUUAUGACUCGUCUACGGAUGACUACAAGGUUGUGAUGCUCCAUUGCCAUAUAGAAUAUGGUGGUGGUGCUUAUAUUACGCAUGUGGCUGUCUAUUCGCUGAAGAAUGAUGCUUGGAGGGGUACUCAAGAUUCACAUUAUGUCCUUUUGGAAUUUCAGCUAGGGGUUUACAUUAACGAGCGUCUCCCGUCUCCAUAUGAAGUUUUCAAGGAAGUGUGGCUGCCUACUUCGUUCAAUGACUACAGGUUUGAGUAUCAUCUCAUAGCGGUUCUUUGGGGUUGUCUUAGUUUGGUUGUUUGGCCGUUUAGUCAUGAAGAGAUUGAAGUUCGGAUGAUGAAGAAGUACGGGGUAAAAGAGUCGUGGACCAAAUUUCCGAUUGCUAAUCAUGGGAUGCCCAUAGAAAAUGUAUGGUAUUGGCCAGCAAAAGACAAAUUUAUGUUGAUAAUAGAUGGAAUGAUUGAAAAUGAUAAUGUAGAAAUGAUGCUAGAUGAAUCUGACGGAGAUAAACUAGUUUCUUACAAUGUUGAAAAAGAAACACUGAGGGACAUGGUGGUUUGUGGCAUUUCAACUAAAUAUGGAGUUGGGGACGACUACAUCGAGACCCUCGUCUCUCUAAAUGGAGGACGGAUUAGGAGACAAUGUGAAGCUUCAUCAGGUGAAAGUUAA